AAAACUUCAGGGACAUAGAUUUCUAACAAUGAUUCGACUUGUCAGCAGUUGAUGUCAUGACCGUUACUCUGAGAUCUGCUCCGCAUAAAUAGUCAAAGCCGUAACACAGAGCACGUCGUCUUUACCCCAACUACCACUACAAUAGUGGGAGUCAGAGUGACCGAUUAUGAGUCGUAAUCGUCAUCAUAAUCGCUCUGGCUCUGACCGUGUACCGAUUACGGGUAACGAUUACAUUGACCCGAGAAUUAUGUAAAGGGGAGGAUCCAUAAUCGCCGUUCAUAAUCGGUGCCAUAAUCGUUUUCAUAAUCGUCCCAUAAUCGUUUACUCUGACUCCUACUAAUGCUAUUUACGGCUCUUCUCAUCAUUUUUGCUUUGGUGCUGCCUCCCUGUGGGGCACAGUCAACUCCGGUAAUCGACCUCGGUUAUGCUAAAUAUCGAGGAACGUUCAAUCCCGCUGGAUCCAACAACACUCAGUUUCUCGGGAUACGAUUUGCGGCACCCCCUACUGGAUCUUUGAGGUGGCAAGCACCCAGAACACCAGACUUUGUGGCAGGCAUACAGAACGCAACUGUAGAACCCUCCGAAUGUCUUCAGGGUGGAGUGGGUGCAGCUUCGAGUAAUCCUUUUCCUGUCGGCAAAAGAGCCGCCCCCGCACAAAAUUCUGAAGACUGUCUCUUCCUGAACGUGUAUAUUCCCGGGCAACUCGAUUGUCGCAAGAACCUACCUGUCGUGGUAUGGAUACAUGGAGGAGGUUACGUUAUCGGCAAUGCCAGUGCAUAUGGUACUGGGAAUGACUUCGUCCGUGAAUCUGGCGAAGGAGUUAUUGCUGUGACUAUCCAGUAUCGUUUAGGCUUAUUUGGAUUCUUUGCUGGAGAGUCAGUAAAAGCAAAUGGCAUAUUGAAUGCUGGCCUUCUGGAUCAACAAUUUGCACUUCAGUGGGUCCAGAAACAUAUCGCCAAGUUCGGCGGGGAUCCAAGCCGAGUAACUAUCUGGGGCGUAUCUGCUGGUGCUGGCUCUGUGAUUCAGCACGUCAUUGCCAAUGAUGGACAAACCUCCCCGCCGUUGUUCAGAGCUGCAAUAACAAGUUCCAGUUUCCUCCCUUCGCAGUAUGCCUAUAACGAUGUGCUUCCCGAGUUCCUAUACAAUUCCGUAGUGUCAAGGACGAACUGUACCUCGGCAGCCAAUUCACUGAUAUGCCUGAGAAACGUCGACGCAGACGUUCUUGAACAGAUUAACAUUGACCUUUGUAAUAGCGGGUUUUUUGGCACCUUCGUAUUCGUACCAGUUGUUGAUGGUGAUUUUAUAAAACAAAGGCCGACAAUAGCUAUGCGUGAAGGAAAAGUUAACGGGGAGGUUGUCAUGUCCGUUACCAACACAAAUGAGGGAGGACUAUUUGUCGACUCGGGUACUGCAGGCACUGUCCAGGUUCCUGAAUAUCUGACACAGCUAUUUCCGAACCUGAGCGACCGCAAUCUAGCCGUUGCCGUUGCGAAGUAUUCUGGUCUUGGAACUCCAAUAGAACAGGUCACCGCUAUAAUGGGAGAAGCCAUAUUCGAUUGCCCCACUUACUUCUUGCUUCGCGCUUUCAAAGGGAGAGCAUUCAAGGCAAGUUCCACACUAUUUAGAUGCCGUGAUCCUGAUUCGGUACUCAGGGUCAAUUCGCAAUCCCACCUGCCAACCAUGGGAGCGACAUUCCUUAUUACUUUCCCUCGUACGAUCACUUACAAACGCGUUCAAUUCAGUUCUCAUUCAUUCUCUAGUAUAAAUGCGAACGGCAUUCCUCCCUUCAACAAUACCGACUUCGAUAAAGCAUUUGCCGAGUCUUUCCUUGCCUUCGUCAUGUCUCUGGAUCCAAACGGGACAUUCGAGCCGACUAUUACGCCUUCCUGGGAGCCGUUUUCAUUCCAGCAAGGUCAUCAGGUAGAAAUGCGAUUCAACAAGACAGAAAGUGACGAUCCUGCGGUAUUUCCCUUUACUACGCCGGAAGAUUUGCUCGAUCGAUGCUCGUUUUGGGAAAGUGUUGGGCCUGAAAUAGGGCAAUGAAUAUCUUCGUAAAAGGCUGUUAGUUAGUUAGACAUGUCUGUCAUUUGUUGCCCAAACAUAUCACCUUCAAGAUGUAAUGCCAGUGAAUACGUGUCGUGGUAGCUACUAUGAACAGUGAUCUGGAAAAAGGUGCCGAAGUCAGAUGUAAAUGCUGGCCCCCAUAGUCGGACGUCCCUACAUAGGUGGCCGUACUGGCAUAUGAAUGAAGUAAAUUGAUAGAGGGAGGUGUAAGUACACCUGGUGCACUGUCUCGUCAUAAAAAGUGUUUUCAACGACACUGACACCUGUAU